UACUUGUUUGAGACGCGCCCUUCCUGUUUUAAGGAGCCAUGUUGUUGGCAGCUGAAACAUGGAAGACGAUUCAGACUUCUUAGACGCUCUGUACACGGAGGUCGCGCAGUCCUUAGAAUGGAAGGAAACGAAAGCUUUGAAGAAGAGAGUGUCUUCUUUAGAACUUCAAGAUCCCGUCUCGGACGACGACUUGGCCCAAGACAUCUUCAAGAAGUUGGAGAAGGAGGGGCAUUUCGGGAAGGGCAAUCUGCAGUACCUUACAGACCUCCUGACUGACUUAGGACGGGCCGACCUAGGGGAGAAAGUUCAGGCGGCAGAGCUGGAACCAGAGCCUGAAAACAAGUCCAUCAGCGACCAGAAAGAAGACACCACAGUUCUGCGGCGGCACUUCCGGCUCGUGGCACAAGAGGUCUCUCCUCUGGACUGGAAGAGAUUCGCAAGGCACCUCGGUCUGAGCGAAGGACAGAUUCAGCACAUUGGCAUGCGGCAGAAGAACAACUCGUACGAGGGCGUGAUCGAGUCGCUGUACGUCUGGGAGAACCAGCUGGGGAGCAGCGCCACCUACCGGGCGCUGAGGGCAGCGCUGAACCAGGCAGGCAUGGAGAACGUGGCAGACAGUAUCUGGGCAUAGUGGGACAAACGCGCCUCCUACUGGAGGAAAACAGAACUGCAGAAACGGGUGUUAAAAGCCCGUUCACAGAGAUCAGAACACAUGCA